CUCUCUCACUGUCCCCUCUGCUUUCUUUUGCGGGAGUAGGUAGUAGGAAACUGCAGCUCGUUGCUUUGGAGACCUCGAGAACAGAGAAGUGAUCAGGCACAUCCCUUCGGUCUUGCCACAGUUCCCGAUGGGGGCGGUUCUGUCGGUGGCGGCUUCCGUGACGAUCCUUAGGGGGACGAUCAGAGAGCUCAUCCCGGAGGAGCUCCGGGGCUACCUGUCGACCCUCAUCCGCCAGUACUCGUCCGACCACACCAUGGUGGUGAGAGAGACCCACGAGGAGACCACCAACCACCUCUUCGACUGCAUCACCACGUACCUCGGCGGUGGCCCCCUUGCCCUCCUCUCUGCCACCGGCCCUGCCCCUAGGAGGCUCACCGCCGGCAAGAACGAGAACCUCAGGAACCUCACCUACGGCCUCGACCGCGACUCCGAUAUUGUCGACUCCUUCCACGGCGUGCCCCUGAGAUGGAAGUACUGUUCCGACUACAACUCGGUGUUGCAGUCCGAGAUUAGCUGGUACGAGCUCCGAUUCCACAAGAAACACAUGAAGUUGGUUAGGAACCAGUACCUGCCGCACAUACUCGAAACGGCAAAGAUCAUCAAGGACAGCAGCAGGGUGUUGAAGUUCCACACUGUCAGGCGGGAGCGGUGGUCCUAUAACCCAGUUAAGCUGAGCCAUCCUAUGACCUUCGAAACCCUGGCCAUGGACGGAGACGAGAAGAAAGACCUCAUCCGGGAUCUCGAGGCCUUCAUGAACGGACGGGAGUACUACAGGCGGAUCGGUAAGGUGUGGAAACGAGGAUACCUGCUUCACGGCCCUCCAGGGACGGGGAAGUCGAGCCUGAUUGCUGCCAUGGCCAACUUCCUUAACUAUGACAUAUACAACUUGAAUCUCUCCACCGUGCAAUCCGACUCGGUUCUCGAGUAUUUAUUGCUUCAUGUGUCCAAUCGAUCCAUUCUUGUUGUGGAAGAUAUUGACUGCUCCAUUAAGCUCCAAAACCGGGAAGCCGGGGAUGAGCCUACUUCCUUCCCCCGAGCCCAGUUGACACUUGCCGGAAUUCUCAAUGCCAUUGAUGGUCUGUUAUCGUGCUGUGGUGAGGAACGGGUUAUUGUCUUCACAACGAACUACAAGGACCUGCUCGACCCUGCACUCCUUCGAGCGGGCCGUAUGGACAAGCAUAUAUGCUUGUCCUACUGCAGAUUUUCCACCUUCAAACAACUAGCUUCGAACUACCUGGGAGUCUCCGAGCACAAUCUCUUCAGUGAUAUCGAGAAGCUGCUUGAACAGGUCAACGUAACUCCAGCAGAAGUUGCUGGUGAACUGAUGAAGUCUAAGGAUUCGAAGGCAUCGCUAGAAGGCUUGAUAAAGUUUAUUGAGAAGAAGAUAAGUGAUCCCGCCAGCCCGAAGGAGGAAGGGAGAUUCGACGCCAAUCUUUCUCAAGUGAUCGAUAAGACGCAGUCAGAGCUCGAAGGCUUCAAAAAAGAGAUGACUGACCUGCAGAAGAAGUCCACGGCCACAGAGAACAAAUUGGUGGAGCUGAAGGCCGUGUCGGAGAAGCUUGCCAAAGCACUCCGGUCUUUGAAGUAGUCAUUCAAUUUUUCGACCUUGUGGGUUGAUUGAUUGAUCAAAUUGCAGGACUACAGUUUGAACUUAUGGAAAAUGAUCAACCCUAGGUACAUGUUGGUUCCAUGGAGGACUUUGUCAGUUAGGUCAUUUAGGUGAAUCCUUUGAUCGUUUGUUCGGAAUUUCACGGAAAAUUGAAGGGCUCUUACCGUUGGAAACCGAAAUUGCAGCUGCUUAAGGGUGAAUUGCCCCAGGGAGUGAAUCGAAAUUCAAUCCUAUUUUAUUUCAGCA